AUGCGCAAGAGGCGGAGCCUGCAUGAGUGGGUGAGAGGAAGCGAAGAGGAGGGAGGGAAAGAGUACGGAGGUAGGGGUGCGGGGAGGGGCCGUACAGGGCCCUGCGGCGGCGGCGGCGGCGGCGGCGGCGGCGGCGAGUGUUAUCGAGAGUGUGAUCGAGAGCGAGCCGCGGCCGCUGCUGUGCGGGUUGGGUCGCUAGGUGCUGCCGGCCGCUGCGCUACCUCGCUACCUCUGCGGGACCCUGAGGCACCCCCGACGCCCCAGACUGGGAUCGGCAACCUGGAGAACUCCGAGGGGGCGCCAGGCGAGCCGCCUUCCGGCGUGCCGCUGCUGUUGCCGCCUGGCAAGAUGCCGAUGCCCAAGCCCUGUGAGCUGGAGGAGAGGUUCGCCCUGGUGUUGAGUUCCAUGAACCUGCCUCCCGACGAGGCCCGGCUCCUGAGACAGUACGACAAUGAGAAGAAUUGGGAUCUUACCUGUGACCAGGAACGAUUCCAGGUGAAGAAUCCUCCUCAUACUUACAUCCAGAAACUCCAGAGCUUCUUGGACUCCACCAGUGUAACUCGGAAGAAGUUCAGGAGGAAGGUUCAGGAGUCAACUGAAGUACUAAGAGAGCUGGAGAUCUCACUUCGCACCAACCACAUUGGUUGGGUACGGGAGUUUCUGGAUGAUGAAAACAAAGGCCUAGAUGUGCUGGUGGGUUACCUGUCAUUUGCCCAGUGUUCUGUCACGUUUGACUUUGAGGCUCUGGAGAGCAGUGACGAUGGUGCAUUCCACAAGCUCCGGUCCUGGUGCAGGUCCAUCAAGGACCUGCUGCCGCCCAGUGCCCUGUCGGCCCCCUUCAUCAACAGCCUCGCUCGCUCUGCGCGCCAGUCUGUGCUCUGGUAUAGCACUCUCCCUGGGCGCAGGGCCCUGAAGAACUCCCGCCUGGUGAGCCAGAAGGAGGAUGUCCACGUCUGCAUCCUUUGUCUCGGAGCCAUCAUGAGCUAUCAGUAUGGAUUCAACCUGGUUAUGUCCCACCCCCAUGCUGUCAAUGAAAUUGCUCUCAGUCUCAACAACAAGAAUCCAAGGACCAAAGCUCUCGCCUUAGAGCUUCUGGCAGCUGUGUGUUUGGUUCGGGGAGGUCACGAAAUCAUUCUUGCUGCCUUUGACAAUUUCAAAGAGGUAUGCAAAGAGGCACACCGCUUUGAGAAGCUGUUGGAGUAUUUCCGAAAUGAAGACAGCAACAUUGACUUCAUGGUGGCUUGUAUGCAGUUUAUCAACAUUGUAGUGCACUCGGUAGAGGACAUGAACUUCCGGGUCCAUCUGCAGUAUGAGUUCACCAAGCUGGGGCUGGAGGAGUUCUUACAGAAGUCAAGGCACACAGAGAGUGAAAAGCUGCAGGUACAGAUCCAGGCAUACCUGGAUAACGUGUUUGAUGUGGGGGGCUUGUUGGAAGAUGCAGAAACCAAGAAUGUGGCCCUGGAGAAGGUGGAAGAGCUGAAGGAGCAUGUGUCCCAUCUCACAGAGAAGCUUCUGGACCUAGAAAAUGAGAACAUGAUGUGCGUGGCAGAGCUAGAGAAGCAGCUGCUGCAGCGGGAUAAGGAGCUCGAGAGCAUCAAGGAGACGAAUGGGAAUACGAACCAUCAGGUGCACACCCUGCGGAGGCUCAUUAAAGAGGAGGAGGAGGCCUUCCAGUGGCGAUGCCACAUGGAACCUGGUGCCCGGGGCAUGGAGACACUUGGAGGCGAUGCUCUGGCUAGGGUCAGCCCUGCUGACCUGAGUGAGGGCAUGUCCUCUGACCUGGACCUCUUGGCUCCUGCCCCACCCCCUGAAGAGACCCUACCUCUGCCUCCACCGCCGGCUCCUCCCUUGCCACCUCCUGCUCCCCCAUUACCAGACAAGUGUCCUCCAGCCCCACCUCUCCCUGGUGCUGCUCCCUCCGUGGUACCGACAGUAGGCCUGUCAGCCGUUCGCAUCGAGAAACGCAUCAAGACCAGGUUCCGACUGCCUGUCUUCAACUGGACAGCGCUAAAACCCAACCAGAUCAGUGGCACCGUCUUCAGUGAACUUGAUGAUGAGAAGAUCUUGGAGGACCUCGACAUGGACAAAUUCGAAGAACUAUUCAAAACAAAAGGCCAGGGCCCUGCCCUUGACCUCGUCUGCUCCAAGAAUAAGACAGCACAAAAGGCUGCCAGCAAGGUCACCCUGUUGGAAGCCAAUCGCGCCAAGAACCUAGCCAUCACCCUAUGCAAGGCUGGCCGGUCAGCCGAGGAGAUCUGCAGAGCCAUCCACACGUUUGACUUGCAGACAUUACCUGUGGACUUUGUGGAGUGCCUGAUGCGCUUCCUGCCCACAGAGGCCGAGGUGAAGCUGCUGCGGCAGUAUGAGCGGGAGCAGCAGCCUCUGGAGGAGCUGGCGGCUGAGGACCGCUUCAUGCUGCUCUUCAGCAAGGUGGAGCGGCUGACCCAGAGGAUGGCCGGCAUGGCCUUCCUGGGAAACUUCCAGGGCAACCUGCAGAUGCUCACGCCACAACUUAAUGCCAUCAUUGCAGCCUCUGCCUCUGUCAAGUCCUCACAGAAGCUGAAGCAGAUGUUGGAGAUCAUACUUGCUCUAGGGAACUACAUGAACAGCAGCAAGAGGGAAGCUGUAUGCGGCUUCAAACUGCAGAGCCUCGAUCUGCUGUUGGACACCAAGUCCACUGACCGGAAGAUGACGCUGCUGCAUUUCAUUGCCUUGACGGUCAAGGAGAAAUACCCAGACCUGGCAAACUUUUGGCAUGAGCUGCACUUUGUGGAGAAGGCUGCAGCAGUGUCCCUGGAGAACGUGCUGCUAGGUGUGAAGGAGUUGGGCCGGGGCAUGGAUCUCAUCCGGCGGGAGUGCAGUCUGCAUGACAACAGCGUCCUUCGCAACUUCCUCAGCACCAAUGAGGGCAAACUGGACAAGCUCCAGCGAGAUGCCAAGACGGCCGAGGAGGCCUACAAUGCGGUUGUUCACUACUUUGGUGAGAGUCCCAAGACCACACCUCCUUCUGUGUUCUUCCCAAUAUUCGUCCGUUUCAUUCGUUCUUACAAGGAAGCAGAGCAAGAGAACGAAGCCCGAAAGAAGCAGGAGGAGGUGAUGGGGGAGAAACAGCUGGCUCAGGAAGCCAAGAAACUGGAUGCCAAGACCCCAUCUCAGAGGAACAAGUGGCAGCAGCAGGAGCUCAUUGCAGAGUUGAGGCGGCGCCAGGCCAAGGAACACCGGCCAGUGUAUGAGGGGAAGGAUGAAUCCUGA